CCCCUACAAAAUCUUAUUGGCCAAGUUGACUUUAAAUAAAACAUGGGCUACACUGGCUCAUUAAUUCUCUUCAUACAAAAAAAAAGAAAACCAUGAGCAAUGAAGCAUUACUACCACCACCUCCACCACCGACGUACAUCUUUCAUGAACAUAAAGCAGAAGUAAAUCAUAUUCACCUAUUUGACUCUGAUAAUUAUGCUGCCUCUUGUGAUUUCGAUGGUUGGAUUGCCAUUUGGAAAAUGAGGAUUAGACGACCUGUAUUAAAGUGGAAAGCACAUGAACAAAAUUGUUUAAAAGUGACGACAACGAGUGAUUCAAAGACAUUGAUAAGUCAGGGCAGAGAUGGUAGAAUACAUUUUUGGAAAUUAAAUUUAUUGCAGCAGGAUCAAGCAACGGUAGAAAAAGUGAAUACAAUAAUUUACAAUGAUUUAUGCUUUUGUAAAAUGUCUGUUUAUUCUGAUGAAGAAUCAACGCUUGUAUGCUUUCCUUCCGUUCAGGAUCAUGCCUAUUUUGAUGUGUUUGAUGUAACAAGACAAAAAAGGAUUAUCCAAAAUGUGGGAGAAAAAGAAGACCUUAAUUUGGGCGGAUGCAUGGUAGUUGAGUUGUACAAACAGUUGGAUAAUCUAUUUGUAUUGGCUGGAUAUGAAAAUGGAAGUACUGGGUUAUGGGAUAUCCAUAGAAGCGAAUUGGUUUGGCAUAACAAAGACAGACAAGAACCAGUUCUGGGAUUGUCGAUAGAUUUGACAAAAUCUUAUUUUAUCUCUUCAUCUGCAGAUAACCAUAUAUGUAAAUAUUCUAUAACGACAGGUGAUGUUAUCAAAAAGAUAACGAUAAAAAAGUCUGGUGUCCCAGUUGUACGUAUUCGACCGGACAAUAAGAUAUUUGCUACUGGAGGUUACGACGGAAGAAUAAGAGUCUUUUCAGCUAGAUCAAUGAAGCCUCUGGCUGUACUGUGUUACCAUAGAGACUCUGUUUACAGUAUUGAUUUUGGUACCCAUGGCAAUUGGCUGAUGGCUGCCAGUAAAGACAGGCGUAUCAGUUUAUGGAAUCUAUUUUAAGUCAUAUGCUGCCUGAUUUAUUUAUAUGUGCAGUGAAGACAAAAGAUAAACUCUGUUCCACCCGAGAACUGGUUUAAACUCAGAAUACCUAUCUUUCCUUCAUUAUCAGUCCAAACCAAAGCUUAUUUUAUCUAAAGAUAACGUAUAUAUAAAUAAUGCGCAUUUCC